GUCACACACAGCACAGACUGGACCGCACACACGCCGGAGGAUUCUGUUUCCGGUUCGAACCGUUUCCUGUGAACACAAAGGGGUUCAUGGAGAUUCUGACCGUGUUUACAGACUGACAUGCCAAGCCGUGGCUUCGAGUGUGUUUCUCUUGUAGUCUGUUUCAGGAGGGAAACGGUCGGGGCAGCGGUACGUUAGUGGAUGAUACCGAGGGGAGAGCAGCUGCAGUCUGCGUUUGUGAAGUCAAAAUGGCGUCUGGUUCUCCAGUCAACUCGGCUUUAAUCCAUCUGUGAUUAUUCCGACAGCCGGACAGCUACCUGUAACUGGUUACCCGGGCGUUUCGGACUGACGCGGGUUGGAGCACAGGCAGUGCCAUGUCGGACUCGGAGGACGACAGCCAGGACAAGCAGCUCAAAAUUGUGGUGGUUGGAGACGGAGCAUGUGGAAAGACAUCACUCGCCACCAGAUUUGCACAGGAGGCCUUUGGGAAGCAGUACAAACAAACCAUCGGCCUGGAUUUCUUUCUGAAGAGAAUAAGCCUUCCAGGCAAUUUGAAUGUGACCCUGCAAGUGUGGGACAUUGGAGGCCAAACAUUAGGGGGCAAAAUGCUGGAUAAAUAUGUAUACGGAGCUCAUGGUGUUCUUUUAGUAUACGACAUCACAAACUACCAGAGCUUUGAGAACCUGGAGGAUUGGUUCAGCAUGGUGAAGAAGGCAAAUGAAGAAUCUGAUAUCCAGCCUGUUGUCUUCUUGGUGGGCAACAAAAUCGACCUGGAGCACAUGAGGACCAUAAAGGCAGACAAACACCAGCGCCUGUGCCAGGAGAACGGCCUCAUCAGUCAGUUUGUAUCGGCCAAGACGGGGGACUCGGUUUAUCUGUGUUUCCAGCGAGUAGCAGCUGAAAUUCUUGGUAUCAAGCUAAAUAAAGCAGAAAUAGAGCAGUCCCAGAGGAUUGUGAAAGCUGAGCUGGUGGACUACCCACAUGAUGAAGGCCCAAUUAGAGAGGACAACGCUCAGCAAAGCAAAAUCUGUUUGCUUCAGUAACUUAAACGUGUCGUGAAGGCGGACAUUGUGAACUACAGUCAGGACACCGUAGCCAGGACAGCCAACACCCCUCGCAGCUCCAUGUGUGUGCUUCAGUGAUCCUCUCAAGCACAAACACACACACACACAAUAAGAUGUAAAAUCGAUCGUCUUCAGACAGUAUUAGAACUUGGAGUGAACUGGAUGAGAAAGUUUUCGGAGCGAGGUUUCUGUGUUCCUGUGUGUCAGUCGUAUUGCUGGGAUGAAGUACAGACUGCGUGGCUCUGAGGCCUUGGCAUGUAGUUCGGAUAUUUAGCAGGAAUUAGUUCUUGGGUGGUUCACCAAAAAAGAAAUGGGACCUCAGUUUUUUAAGUUUAUGUGCAGCUAUCAAUUUCUUUUACACCUUUAAAGCUAUUACCUGAUUUAUACCUUAGUGUGAAGCUGGUAAUUUAAAGGAGCAACAUAGCAACUGAAAACAAUGUUAUAGACAUUUUCUUUUACGUUAGCUUUUAGUUUGAUAGUCUGCAUAUUUCAGCUUUUACAUAUUUUCAGUUUGUUUUUUUUAUUGAAAAUUGCAAAUAAAGGACAAGCAGAGGUGAAAUCAAUAUCUUUCAUACUUUUAUUAAGAUCUUUUCUUCUACCUGUGCUGUUUACCUGCAAACCAGAAAGGCAGAGUGAAAAUGCUGCUGUUACUGAAAUAAAACUCCAAUUACUGUUUGCCAAUUAGGUGGUUGCUUGCUCAGUGUAAACAGUAUGCUGUUAUUUCACUUAGAGACAUUCCAAGAUUUAUUCUUCAAUAUUUUUUUUCUCCUGAUCCAACAGUAAGUUAAAACCAGCAAAGUAGUUCUAUCCAAUUCUCUUCAUAUAAUUUUACAUUUCCACUCUCAUUUUGUUAGCUGUUGAAACAUUGAUAAUUCUAAAACAGUAUAUCUGAGUAUAUCUGAGUAUAUCUGAGUCAUUUAAGCUUUUUUUCAGAUUAUUUGUUGGACUUUCAGUUGUAAAAUAAAUGUUCCUGUUGGAGAAUGACAAUGACGCAUAAGGUCUUAAAUUUGCUAUCUUAAAUGCCUGUUCUUUAGCUUGUCUGUCCCUUAAAUGUGUUCAAUUUUAAAUGUCUUCUUUCCCAAUCAGCUUCCACAUGAUGCUAUUCGUCAGCAUGCUGUUGAAACUUGAAACUGCAUUGUUGAUUUCUGUGUAUUGGUACAGUAACUCAUCUAAGUGGUCAGAGAACAUCUUGCAAAUGCUGAAUGUGUAAACAAAACAUACUUCUUGAGAAUGUAGAGAUAUAUAUACAUUAUAAAGCAAGAAAGAUUUGUUUCCAAAUAAAAAGUUGCAACAUGGAAAACAAGA